AAACGCGCAGCCGCAGCUACCUCCGCUUCCCCGUCGGGAUCAUCAACACCCACCACACUCUCCUCAGGGCCCAAAACGCUAUCCGCGAACUCCUCCAUCUCCGAUAUCGCUAUCAAUGUCUGGCAGCAGUACCUGACGACUACGCCGCAGCGCACAAUGCUCCUAGAUGCCUUCAUGGCUUUCCUGAUUCUCGUCGGAGGCGUGCAGUUUGCGUAUUGUGUUUUGGCGGGGAACUAUCCCUUCAACGCCUUCCUGAGUGGAUUCUGCGCCGCUGUCGGCCAAUUCGUUCUCACGGCUAGUUUGCGCAUGCAGACGAAUCCGGCGACAGAUUCUGCGAGUAAGGGCUCUGGUCCGGCGAAGGGAUCGAAGACUGUUGUUGGUCGUGGUGAGGGGGUUAAGGAUGGUAAUGUUUCGCAUGAGAGAGCAUUCGCCGACUAUAUUUUCGGGAGCUUGAUUCUGCAUUUCUUCUGUAUUAAUUUCAUAAACUAAGCUGGGGCUGAGUUCAAAAUGGCUGAACCUACUUUUUUUAUGGUGGAGGAUGAGUGGAUUGUCUACUUGGGUUACCUUGUGUCUGACAGACAUUACCUGAAAGGGUUACACUCAGAUACUGAAGGAGGGGAGUAUUUCCCUGGCGGAAUUAUUCUGACAUGAUUGUUUUCUUAUCAUCAUGUGCCUUCAUUUUAUGGGGGCUGGAUAUUUGUAUACCAUAGCGUAUCUACUUUACGUCGGAUAUAGGAAAAAAUGUUACUAGACUUCCAACAGUUACCAACUAGGGCAGUGCGAUCUAUCUGCAAUAAGAACCAAGGUGAACCUAG